GGCGCCCGCUCAGCCUCUCCUCCCCUUGGGCCCCCUCGCGCGGCUGGCGGCUGGCUCGCUCCCCGGUCGCGGCCCGUGGGGACGUUCGCAGGCGAGCGCACCUCCCCGCGCGGAAGAGCCCCGGUCUGGGAGGCCCCGAGUGAGCGUCAAUUGGUUGACGUGGUGCCUGCGCGUCGGGCCUGAGAAAGUCUGGGCGAGCGCGCAGAGUCGACUCCUGGGGCGGUGCGGGGCGCAUCUCAGGUGCCAAAGGGCCCUACCACUCUGCAUCCAUUUGAAACUAAAUUCAAGUUUGACAUUUUUUGGAUCACCCAGUUGAUGUGAAUUUGAGUUGCAGACCUUUGAGAGAACUGGCUUGUGGUGAAAAUUUCUUGAAGACCUCUUUUUCCUGCUCUGGACAAUACCAUGGAAGAUUUCGCUGCAGUCCUCUUCAAAUCUUGGCGCAGAAACCAGAGACAUUGCCAGAGCAAACAGGAACGGGAGUACAGAUGGACGACUGGUCAAAAGACGUAACCCAUGGUUAUCUUGAACAAGAGACCACGGGGAGAAAUAAAAGUACACAGCUAGAUGAGCAACUGCCUGUGAAUUCUAAGGGAAGCAUGCAUCAGAAAUCCAAUGAAUUAGUUAAUGAAGCUACUUAUGAGGGCAUAGAAUUGCCAGAGCAGAGAUCAAGGAAUUUUCAAGUCAUCAGUCCUCAUCUAGGUGAUGAGACAGCUUACUGCACUACAGAAAAGUCCAAUUUUCUUUAUUACAGCAUUAUGGAACAUAGAAAUAAUGAUUUACAUUACAAAUGUAUGAUUCCUUGUCAAGUUACUUCAGACUUAAAUGAAGAGGAGACAAUAGCAUUGCUUCUCAAAGAACUGGACAUUCUCAAAGCAAGCAAUAAAAAGCUUCAAGAAAAACUGACUAAAGAAGAUAAAGAACAGAGAAAACUAAAGCUUAAACUGGAACUCCAAGAAAAAGCAACAGAAGCUCAAAUUGCUGAAAAAACAGCAGCUCUGGUUGAAGAGGUGUAUUUUGCACAGAGAGAACGUGAUGAAGCUAUUAUGUCUCGACUGCAGUUAGCCAGUGAGGAGAGAGAUGAAGCAAUUGCACGAGCCAAGCAUAUGGAAAUGUCUCUAAAACUGCUAGAAAAUAUUAACCCUGAAGAAAAUGACAUGACAUUACAGGAAUUACUGAACAGAAUAAACAAUGCAGACACAGGGAUAGCUAUUCAGAAGAAUGGAGCUAUAAUUGUGGAUAGAAUCUACAAGACCAAGGAAUGUAAAAAGAGAAUAACUGCAGAAGAAAUGAAUGCAGUGAUUGAAGAACGGGAUGCUGCUUUGUCUCAGUGCAAACGGCUAGAGCAGGAGCUUCAUCAUCUGAAAGAGCAGAACCAGACUUCAGCAAACAACGUGAGACAUCUGACUGCUGAAAACAAUCAAGAACGUGCUCUGAAGGCAAAGUUGUUAGCUAUGCAACAAGCCAGAGAAACUGCAGUUCAACAAUACAAAAAACUGGAAGAAGAAAUCCAGACACUUCGAGUUUACUACAGUUUACACAAAUCUUUAUCCCAAGAAGAAAAUCUGAAGGAUCAGUUUAACCAUACCCUUAGUACCUAUGAAGAAGCUUUAAAAAAUAGAGAGAACAUUGUUUCCAUCACUCAACAACAAAAUGACGAACUAGCUACCCAACUGCAGCAAGCUCUGACAGAUCGAGCAAACAUGGAAUUAGAGCUUCAGCACACCAUAGAAGCCUCCCGAGCAGCCAAUGACAAAGUUCAGAAGUUGGAAAGGCUGGUGGACGUCCUGAGGAAGAAGGUUGGAACAGGGACCAUGAGGACAGUGAUCUGACUGAGAAAAAAACGACAGUCUGGGGAAGCAAUCACAUCUGGUGACCAGGCUGCUUCAUUCAACACUGUGUAAACACUAAAGCCUUAACUUAGCAAACAGUUGUUAGAAGUGGGACACUCCAACCACAUUCCAAGCUGAGAUAAAAUCAAAUCACAAAUGUUUAACCACUUUGCUGCUGACUUGAGUUAUUUAUCCAAAUGUAUUAACUACAGACUUUUACCAAUGGGUAGCUAUAAAGUUGCAGCUUAUUUUGUAACUAUUUUAUAUCUCACUGUAUUUAAUAUAAAGAUUUUUGCUGAAAGACCAUUAUAGAAACAUAGUAAAGUUGGUCAGGAUCAUAUCUUCACAUAUGGCCCUUUCUGAAUCAAAAUACAGCAAAGUAAAUAUUGCCUAAACCUUAAUCCACUGUGUUAGGUCAAAACUUCAAAUACAUACAUUUUUCAAUGUAGAGUUUAUUUCUUAACCAAUGAGAGAAACACAUACAUAAGAGUAUAUAGUCCUCCUUCAAUGCAUGCAUGUAAUCUUUGUUAGUUUUAAAGAAUAUUAAGUAUAGAUACCAAGAAUCAAAUGUGUAAUCUGCCUUAAUAAGAGUUUGGUAUAUUAAAAUUACAUUAAUCAAAGGCAUGAUUUUUCUUUCACUACAAAUAAUGCACAUUGUUUUCAAUAAAAAGGGUAUUGUUAAUGUGUACUUAGAAAUUCAUGGUGUCAAUAUUUUUUUAAUGUUGGGUCUGAAUAAUGAUCUAAACUCUAUUUAAGCUGUAGAAAUUGCCAAGUCUGUCUAAUAGGCUGGGAUACUUUUGGCUUGAAAAUUAGCAUGUGCCAGCAUGAUGCUAAAAGGCAAGAGCCCAUCAAACAUAUUAAGUAUUCUUUUUUAUUAUCUUUAUUUAGAUUAUCAUUUGAAUUUUUGUAAUGGAGGAGGGGAAUCUAAUAUAUAAUAUAGAAUAAAAUUAUAAUUAAAAAUAUAAAGACUUGGGGAAAAAAGUAAACCUGCGAUUUGGUUCAGGAUACCUACUUUUUUUUAAUUUAAGGGAUAAUUUAAAAUAAUUACAUCAUGGCAGUCACUUCUAAUCAUAUGAAAUUUUGAAUAAAACUAAGAUUCAUGUAUUUGGCUAUAGGAAAAAAAAUUUAUUUUUAGAUUGAAUAGAUGAGAAACUGAUAGAAAAUAAAUAUGAACGCAGCAGGAUGAAAUUGACAAGUAGAGAUGGAAUUAGUGAAAAUUUUGUAGGCAAGUGAAAAAUUUUCUAAGUCCAUACAAUUUUUUAAUUUAUCUUUGAGAUUGAACUAAAUCUACCAUUGCCUGUUUUCAGGACAAGUACAGAAUAAUUUAUUAACACCAUUGGAGAUUAUGCCUUUGAACUUUUUUUACUCUAUGAUAAAGGUGCUUUACCAUAGGGUAACAAAAGAAUCAUGAUGCAAACAAGCUCUAUUUCUUUCUUAUUAAAUCCAUUGAAUUAACUGAUAGACUCAUCCCACUGAGUUCAAAUUUAGAAUUUACUCAUGUUGCCUACUUAAA